AUGGGUUCACGAGAUCUGAAACUGGACAAUGUCCUGUUGGACCAUGAGGGUCACUGCAAAUUGGCAGACUUUGGCAUGUGCAAGGAGGGGAUUUGUGACGGAGUCGCCACGGCCACCUUCUGCGGCACGCCUGACUACAUUGCUCCAGAGAUCCUCCAAGAGAUGCUGUACGGGCCUGCCGUGGACUGGUGGGCCAUGGGUGUGCUGCUCUAUGAGAUGCUGUGUGGCCACGCGCCCUUUGAGGCAGAGAAUGAAGAUGACCUUUUCGAGGCCAUCCUGAAUGAUGACGUGGUCUACCCAACUUGGCUCCAUGAAGAUGCCACAGGGAUCCUAAAAUCUUUCAUGACCAAGAACCCCACCAUGCGGCUGGGCAGCCUGACCCAGGGCGGGGAGCAGGCCAUCCUGAGACAUCCUUUCUUUAAGGAGAUCGACUGGGCCCAGCUGAACCACCGCCAACUAGAGCCGCCUUUCAGACCCAGAAUUAAAUCCAGAGAAGAUGUCAGUAAUUUUGACCCCGACUUCAUAAAGGAAGAGCCGAUUUUAACUCCAAUCGAUGAGGGCCAUCUUCCUAUGAUUAACCAGGAGGAGUUUAGAAACUUUUCCUAUAUGUCUCCAGAACUGCAACCAUAGUCUCACAGGGAGUGAGAGGGAUGGCAGGAGACUCAAGGGGAAGAGAGAUUAUCCGGGAUUUCCUUUGCGGAAAUUCCCUCUCAUCAGCCUUAGAACAAGAGCCUUACCUCUGAGGGGCAAGUGGAGAACUCUGAAGGACCUUGAAGAGAUCAACUAUUUCAG